GGCUGCAUUGCUGCGCGCCGCGCAUUAGUGGCAUCCUGAUGAAAUGACGCAGGCCACAGUUUACGUUCAGUCCUCUCAGCUCUCAGCUUCCCAGUCUCCAUAGCUCCGCUCUCACCCCCGGCACACAGCCCCGGAAGACCGUACGACCCGGCUGUCUGGCUGUUCCUCCAGUGGACCGAGCCACACCGGUUCCUCUGAGUAAGUGCGAGUGCGAUGAGGAGAAGUUUCAGACAGUGAGGUCAUGGGCUGCACCUCGGCCAAGCAGGUGUCGGCCGUGCCCAACGAUGAGGAGGGACGCGGGAAGGCCUACAGCAACGGAGACCUCUACUCUGACGAAUACAAGAUGAAGGGAGUGGAAGAGGUGAAGUACAUGAGAGGCGAUGAAAACCGGGUGAACACACGCAACCAGGAGAACCUGGAGAAGAGCAACGUGGAGUACAGAGGCAAACAGCAGAAAGAGGCGGCUGCAACGAACAUCAAAUCUAACAUUCACACGUCAGAGAGCCAGCAGGAAUUUUUCAGGAUGCUGGAUGAGAAAAUUGAAAAGGGGCGAGACUACUGUUCGGAGGAGGAGGAGGAAGACGGGACAUAGCCCCCCGGCCCCCCCGGCCUCGCCCCCCCCCCCCUCUGUCUCCCCCCCCAACGGACAACCUCGUCAAGUGUGUGUGUGUGUGUGUGAAACCGGUAGCGUGUGUUUGUGUGCCUGAAAGUGAAAGAGUUAUCAGUGUUUUACAGUGUGACGGGACACUAUUGGUGUGGGGGGGGUGGGGGGGGGGGGUUCUGGGCGUAUGGCAGUGAUACUUUAAGUGCAAAACAAAAGAGAAUGGGACAAAGACAAGCUUCGUCACGGACUAUGGCACUCGGCACCUCAUAUCCCUUCAGGCUGAGGGAGAGACGACGGAGAGAUCGUCGUCGGACCCGUCGGGUCAAGCAGAUAUUUCCUUCACCAGUCCGUCCUCAUCUGUCCGUGUCCUCCUCUGUGGCCUGACCCUAAAAUAUAUAAACCCUGGCAGCCGGGACUCCUGGGUGUUGAUAUCCGUCGAAGAUUAGAGUCGUCGUCGGUGUGUUGAGGGACUGGAAAAAAACACGGAGUAGAGAAAAUGGAGCCCAAGGGAGAAGAGGACGGUGGUGGAUCUUUGCUGAACUUUAUAGCCUGACUACCUUCAGUCGGGCUCGCCUUGUCCAGGAUGGACUGAAAGGGUGAGGGUGGGAGAUGCUAGAGGGAGAAAUAUGGGAUAUUUUAAUAUGAGAGAGUAUGGAGGGAGCUGGUAGUUUAGAAUCUCCUAAACUACUCCUUCCUUUUUAAGUCAAGGACCUGUUUUAUUUUUGUUUUGUUUUUAUUUUUGUUUUCAUUGUAUGCCACAGCCACUUAUUCAGUUAAAUUUGUCUUUUUUUUUUUUUUUUAAAUGUUUGUUUCCAGCCAUUU